GAUCAUUCAGACGGCAUAUUAUCAUUUAAUUGGUGACUGGAGUCACACGGUGCUUGAUUAGGUUUGCGAGCAUCAUGUUUGACAGAUAUCUCCAUUCAUUCCACACUUUUCCAUCUCAUUCCGUUCUUUCAUCUUCUAAUUAUUAUUGUUCUGUAUCUUUAUCAUCGAGGAGCAAAUCGAAACCUCGUCUGAAUUUCUCGGUGCUUCUAUCAACGGUUUUCUUCCUAGUAUCUUCGUUGUCAUCGUUUGCAGUGAGAGGAGCAGAUGCGAGUGAUGAUGUUGAAGAAUUAUGCCAGCAAUUAGGCCCUUGUAAAUGCAGAAUGGCCAACGAAACAGGUGAGAUAAAUCUGAAGAAUGUUGCCUUCUUCAACGGUAAACCACGUUUCGUUAUUGCUCUCAACCAGACCUUCUCCGUGGCCUACAACCCUUGCGUUGGAUUUACGUUGGCACCGGGUCCUGAUGUUUCCGAUAAGUGCAAAGAUGCAGCUGUGUGUGUCUUCAAAGUGUCCGACAAGAACUCUUCCUACAGAAACAGGGGUCAGUCGAAGUCAGCCAAGUUCCAAUUUGACCAAGAAUCCAGCAAAUUCUUCAUAAGUUAUACGUCUCCAGAUCAACUGUUCAAAACUCAUGUGUACCUCCAGUGCAGCCCCGUCGACCAACUGAGUGUGAUCAAGUCCCGAGAAGCUAACCAAUCCCUCUCACUGUUACUGCAGUCUGUCUGUGCAUGCCCAGGGGGCUGCACCACACCUCACAAUUCCUUCAGUCCUGGAUCCUACAUAGUCAUCGUGUUCUUCUCAAUUUUAUUCAUAUACCUUUCUUUAGGAAUUCUCUAUAAAAGAAUUGUCUACUCAGCAGAAGGAACUGAACUGGUACCAAACCGGGAAGGAUGGGCUUCCUUUUUCACUCUAGUCAAAGACGGUUACUUGUUUUUCAUCAGCCCCUGCCUUGGUAACACCAUUGACUAUCGAUAUUACCAGCGACUCUGAAUAACACCAGUCAGUUUCUCCCACCCACAAAUAUAUGUGUGUAUAUAUAUAUAUAUAUAUAUAUAUAUAUAUACAUAUAUAUACACACACACACGUGUAUUUUGGUAUUGUUCUGUUUGUUAUUGUCUGAUAUGUAUCCUUUUAUAUAUUUUUGUUUGUUGUUACUUGCUGUUAUUCUUUAACUUGCUUGAUAUUUCUGUUAAUCUAUGCAUAUGUCUGUGUGUAUAAAUAUCUGUAUGUAUAUAUGUUGUUGACAUCAGAAGAAUUUAUAAACCUUCAAGAGAACACGAAAUAAUUCAGAUUUGGAACAGUGACAAUGGCAUGUAAAUGUUGGGUUGCAAGGUCAAAGGCCACUAUAAUCUUUAGCUUUACGUGCUUUGAGACCUACUGUUCCUAAAAAAGAAUAUAUAUUUAUGUAUAUCUGCAGAUGUUUGUAUGGAAGGAGUGAUGUCUCACUUUCAAAACUCUAGUCUUAGUUCAGCUUUUGUUGCUCUUAGUCUUUCAUAUAAUUCCAAAAACAAAACUGAACGAAUCCCGUACACGUAUUUUAAAUCUUAUAUGUCACAUUAUAGUAGUUUGUGACUAGGAAG